AUGGCUUUGGACGAGCUGAGGUCGAAGGGAAAUGAAGCCUUCAAGGCGAAGAAGUAUGCAGACGCCAUACACUUUUACACGAAGGCCAUCGAGCUGAGCCCUCAAGCAGAAGCCGCCGCUGCUUUGUAUUCAAAUCGGGCGGCUUGCUGGCAAAAUACGGGGAAGGCGGCGAAUGCGCUGAAGGAUGCAGAGAGCUGCAUCACUCUAAGGCCAUCUUGGAUAAAAGGCCACUACCGAAAAGGGGCGGCACUUGAAAGUAUGCAGAGGUAUGACGAGGCGUUGAAGGCGUUUCAACAGGCUGCAAAGAUGGAGCCUGAAAAUGAAGAAAUUGCGGACAAGUUGCAGCAGCUGGUCCUCAUUCUGAGGGAGCGCAACGAGAAGUCGACUCCAGAGUCUUGUAGAACGGCUGAGGAGGCUAAAAACAUAGGGAAUUCCUUGUUUUCCGCCGGAAAUUUUGAAAGGGCCAUGUUGUUUUAUUCUCGUGCUAUCGCGCUUUCCCAGGAGGGAAAUGUGGAACAGGCCAACUAUUAUGCAAACCGUGCGGCAUGCCAUCAGCAAACGCGCAAUUAUCAUCUUGUGAUCAAUGAUUGCGACAAGGCCCUUGAAAUUGAUCCCACCCACGUCAAGGCGUUGCUUCGCCGUGCCAUUGCCUAUGAGGGUCUCGAGAGCUGGAGUAAAGCUUUGAAUGAUUACAAUCAGGUUAACCGUGCGUUUCCUGGGAUGGCGGCUGUGUCACAAGGUGUGCUUCGAUGUCAACGUGCUCUGCGGGGCUAA